AUGCCUGAGUUUUGUACACCCGUGUCUCUUCCGUCCGCUCCAGCCGUACGCCCUAGGCCUCAGAGACGCAUUACACUGAAGACGUCCGGUCUCCCACAGGUGAAGGUGGACGAGCUUGUUCAUUCGGCUUCACCAGCACGCCAAACACCGACCACCGAGCUCCAGAGUCUUCUUGACGAGAACCCACUCAGGAUUUUGAUCGCACCCUCAGGAUUCAAAGAGAGCCUCGGACCAGAGCAGAUUGCGAGUGCAAUCGAAACUGGUGUACGAAAAGUUCUAGAUCGCAAAGCCGUCAUCGUGCAGAAGCUUCCUCUUCACGAUGGUGGAGAAGGCUUUGCUCGAGCCCUAGUAGCAGUCCAGGGUGGGGAGGUUGCGGAGUGCACAGUUACCGGUCCUAUCGGCUUACCAGUCGAGUCACAUCUAGGCUUUGUCGGCGAGGACAGGAAAACAGCGGUUUUGGACAUGGCUGCAGCUGCAGGCCUCCGUCUUGUUCCAAAGGACUGUCGGGAUCCGACAGUGACCACCACGUAUGGAGUGGGGCAACUCAUGAGGAAAGCACUCGACGCGGGAUGUACUAAGAUCAUAAUCGGAUGCGGGGACUCAGGGACCUCUGAUGGAGGCGCAGGGAUGCUCCAAGCACUUGGCGUUCGUCUCUUGGAUGCGAAUGGAAAGGAACUACCACGGGCAGCUGGCGGUCGAUCCCUGACACAUCUCGACCAGGUUUGUUGGGAGAGCAUACAUCCACGCCUUCGAAAAGAUGGUGGUGAACAAGUCCAAAUUGAAGCGGUUUGCAACAUUAAGAACGUCAUUUGCGGUCCCAAAGGUGUAGCGCGUGUUUACGGUCCUCAGAAAGGUGCCACACCUGAACAAGUCGACCUGCUGGCAUCUGCCUUGGAGCGACUGGCGCACAUCGCAGAGAUAACACUAGGAAAAGAUAUAUCGCGUGCCCCAGGCAGCGGAGCGAGCGGAGGAUUGGGCACGGGACUGAUGAUGCUUGGUACCACACUGCGCGCCCGCGCAGACGCCAUCAAUGAGUAUUUCGGAUUGGACCAUGUUCUUAACCAGCGCUGGGAUUUCGUCAUUACUGCGGAAGGGAGUCUUGAUUCCCAGUCAACCGAAGGGAAGAUGACGACCGAAGUCGCUCGUCGAGCGAAGCAGUCCGGAGCAGCAGUAGUGGCUUUGGCAGGAAGUAUCGGUGAGGGCGCGGAGCGUGUGCUUGGUUCAGGCAUCCAAGCGUUUACAAGUAUCCUCAAAGAGCCACUGACGCUCGAUGAGGCGAUCUUGCAGACAGAAACUCUGGUCAUGGAUGGCGCCGAAAAUAUGCUACGAAUGAUAAUGGUUGGGCUGGCCCUUGGGAGGAGACACUUUUAGUGUGCAUCGACUUGGUCUGGACUUUUGAUAUCUUGGGAAACUACGUACUUGACGUUCUUGCUAUUAUCUAGCGUCCCUGGGGUUCAGCAGUUAGUUUUAAUCUUAAUCAUAAUUUCGAAG